AUGGCUGAAAAUCUCGAAAACACAGAAGUUGGUAAAUCUGGUGGUAAAUCUGGUGGUUUGAAUGAAGUGGCCAUGGAGAUAAGCACAAAAUUCAGUGACGUAAAGGGGGUUGAUGAAGCCAAGGCUGAGCUUGAGGACAUAGUUCACUACCUACGAGAUCCCAAGCAUUUCACACGCCUUGGUGGCAAGCUUCCAAAGGGUGUUUUGCUUAUGGGCCCGCCUGGCACAGGGAAGACCAUGUUGGCAAGGGCUGUGGCCGGGGAAGCCGGCGUCCCCUUUUUUCCGUGCAGCGGCAGUGAUUUUGAGGAGGUCUAUGUAGGUCUUGGGGCUAAGAGAGUGAGGGACCUCUUUCAUGCAGCAAAGCAGCUGUCUCCUUGCAUAAUUUUCAUCGAUGAAAUUGAUGGGAUUGGUGGGCGCAGACACGCAGGAGGUUCAAUGUCGCAGAGGCAGACCCUGAACCAGCUGCUUGUUGAGAUGGAUGGCUUCAAGCAGAAUGACGGGAUCAUCGUGGUCGCGGCGACCAACUUCCCCGAGUCAUUAGAUAGCGCCCUUGUCAGGCCUGGGCGUUUUGACCGUCAAGUCAAUGUCCCUAUUCCAGAUGUUGAGGGCCGACGACAGAUCCUUGAGGCUUACAUGUCAAAAGUGUCUACAGGCAAGGGUGUGGAUGCAAUGACCAUUGCGAGGGGAACGCCUGGGUUUUCAGGUGCAGACCUUGCAAGCCUAGUGAACGAUGCCGCUCUCAAGGCUUCCACGGAUGGGGCAAGUGCUGUUGGGACUGAUCACUUCGAGUACGUCAAGGACAAGAUCCUCAUGGGCAGCAAGCGCAAGUCGUUGGUGGUAUCUGAACAAUCCAGGAAGAAGACUGCGUACCACGAGGGUGGGCACGCCCUUGUUGCUAUCCUCACAGACGGUGCUGAACCUGUCCACAAGGUCACCAUUGCGCCCAGAGGAAAUACUCUCGGUAUGGUGGCGCAGCUGCUGGGGGAAGACAGUGAGCUGGAACUCUCCAAGAAGCAGUUGCUGGCGAUGCUGGAUGUGUGCAUGGGAGGGCGAGUGGCUGAGGAGCUUAUAUUUGGAGAGGCCGGGAUCACCACUGGUGUCUCAUCUGACCUAAGCAAGGCGACUCAAUUGGCGAAAGCCAUGGUCACCAGGUAUGGUAUGAGCAACCGGGUCGGCUUUGUUUCGUACGGCAAUGACGGUGAUGGUGGCACUGGCGUGACAACGGCCCUGGUUGAUGAGGAGAUAAAAGCAUUAUUGGAUAACGCUUACCGGAACGCAAAAACGAUUCUCACGGAGCACGACAAGGAGCUCCAUGCGCUAGCAAAUGCCCUCCCGGAGCAUGAAACUCGCACUGGUGACCAGAUCAAGGAACUAGUUUCGACACACUAG